GUCACUUCGUUAAUUUCUAUUUCUUUUAUUCUGUAUCAUCCUUUGUUUUUACUUUCAUUCAAACACUUCUUCUUGGUUUUCUUGAUCAUUCAUCAUGAUAAACAUAAUCAGCAGAAAAAUGAAAACUUUUCUUCAGUUUUUGGUGCUAUUUGUGACCAUUAAUCGAGUCGAAUCAAGCUGCAAAGACAAAUGUGUUGCUUUGGCUUCUUACACUAUGUGGGACAAAUCAAACAUCACAUUUGUAUCCCAAAUCUUUUCCACUGCUAUCCCAGAAAUUCUAAGUUACAACCCACAAAUCACAAAUGCAGAUAUAGUUUCUGCUGGUGCAAGAAUAAAUGUCCCGUUUUCGUGUGGUUGUAAUGAUCAAGAUUUUCUGAACCAUGGGUUCGUUUAUAGUGUUGGUUCAGAAGAUACUUACUCAGUCAUUGCGGAAACUUACUUUUCGGGCCUCACCAAUGUCGAUAUGUUGAGGAGGUUUAAUAGUUAUGAUGAGUUGAACUUAAAGUCAGGAAGUCAAGUUAAUGUUGUAGUUAAUUGUUCUUGUGGAAAUAGUCGCGUGUCUAAGGAUUAUGGGUUGUUUAUCACGUAUCCGAUUCGAAGGGGCGAGAAUUUGUCUACGAUUGCUAAUGAUACAACGAUAAGUGAAAGUCUUUUGAGGGGGUAUAAUCCGGGCUCAAAUUUCUUGAACAAUGAUCUAGUGUUUAUUCCUGGAAGAGAUCAAAAUGGAACUUUUCCGCCAUUAAAGAUCAGCAAUAGGGGGUUAUCUGGUGGUGCCACUGCUGGUGUAUCUGUUGGAGCAGUUGCAGGUGUUCUUUUCUUUGCCAUUUGCUUCUACUUUGUCUCCUAUCGAAGGAAGAGGGUGGGCGAAGGAUCACUGCUUCUUGAAGAUGGACCCGAACAUGUUCAUGAUGUAGGUUUACGUAGAAACAUGGGAGGAACCACAAACUCGGGCACUCUAACUGGGGGUGCACAUCCAGGGGCCACGGGUAUAACCGUGGACAAGUCAGUGGAGUUCACAUACGAGGAGCUUGCUAUGGCUACAGAUGACUUUAGCAUCACCAAUAAGAUUGGUCAAGGCGGCUUUGGUACCGUUUACUAUGGAGAGCUCAGAGGCGAAAAAGCUGCAAUAAAGAAGAUGGAAAUGCAAGCAUCAAAAGAAUUUCUUGCUGAAUUAAAGGUGUUAACACAUGUUCAUCAUUUGAACCUGGUACGGUUGAUAGGAUAUUGUGUUGAAGGAUCGUUGUUUUUGGUCUAUGAGUUUAUCGGGAAUGGCAAUUUGAGUCAACAUUUGCGCGGUUCAUCGGGCAGAGAGUCAAUUCCAUGGGCUACAAGGGUUCAAAUCGCCCUUGAUGCGGCUAGAGGGCUUGAAUACAUUCAUGAGCAUACAGUUCCUGUCUAUAUACAUCGCGAUAUCAAGUCUCCUAACAUUUUAAUCGAUGAAGAUUUCCGUGCAAAGGUUGCUGACUUUGGGCUGACAAAACUUACCGAAGUCGGGAGUGGUUCUUUACAAACCCGUUUAGUUGGCACAUUCGGCUACAUGCCUCCCGAAUAUGCUCAGUAUGGGGAGGUUUCUCCAAAGGUUGAUGUAUAUGCUUUCGGGGUCGUAUUGUUUGAGCUAGUAUCAGCGAAAGAAGCCAUUGUCAAGACAAAUGAAUUUGGUAACGAGUCCAAAGGACUUGUUGGUUUGUUUGAUGAGGUCCUAAGUUUGUCUGACCCAAGUGAAGGUUUACGCAAACUAGUCGACCCAAGGCUUGGGGCCGACUACCCUCUCGACUCAGUGCGCAAGGUUGCACUGCUUGCUAGAGCUUGUACACAUGAUAAUGCGCAGUUGAGGCCAAGCAUGAGGUCUAUUGUCGUUGCGCUAAUGACACUUUCAUCAUUGACCGAGGAUUGGGACGUUGGAUCUUUCUACGAAAAUCAAGAUUUAGCUCAACUGAUGUCAGGGAGGUAGCAUGAUGUAGUUUUGCCACAUGAUCACGCAUUCACUCGACGUUAUAGUGUAUGAAAUUGUGGCACGUAAAUCUCGCGUAGACUUCCAAGGAACAUAGUAAAAGAAAGUGUAAGAAUUACAUUAUCUUGUAUUUUUUUUAAGUCAUGCAUGUAUUUAGUAGUGUAAAGUUAUACUUUCUUUGCUAAACAUCAUUUGUUGAGUCUGUCCUAUGUGUCUAGCUACAUAAUGCUACAAACAUGGCAAUUAGCUUUUUGAAAACUGAGAAUAUAAGAGAGCUACUGAAUAGAAGCAAAA